ACGGGCCGGGCGCGCGGGCUGGGGUUUAAGGGCUCUGUUAGACAGCACGAGGUCUGGUCGAUGAAACAGCGUACUGAGAGUGAGAGUGAGAGGAAUUGGGCGCAAUGGCGAUGCAAGGGGUUGGGUGGUCGUCAUGCCUGCCGCUCGAGCGCGAUUGGUCUCUCGUUGCUAUAGGGAGGAAAGGAUUUUCCGGAGGAAAUUUCGCUCGCAGCGCUUGCCAGCGGCGGACGAAUUGUCGUGCUCCUGUGUUCAUAGGGGAUGGACCGCUGAGUGUCGUGAGCUUGAAGCGUUUGGAAUUUGGCAAUAAGGGGUUUGCUUCAGGUCGGUGCAAUUAUUCCAGGGAUUCUAAUGUCGACAUCUCCGAAAGGCAGAAACCGUGGAAGAAGUCAGGUUCAAGGCCGAGCCCAGGUGAAGGCUGGGGAGCCUCGGAAUCCAGUGGAGACCCUCAGCAAGCCGAGAGGGAUGAAAUUUUCGUUCCCGGAAGAGACGUAGCGCCAGUUGUAGAAGGUCCUGGUGAGAGAUUCUUGAGAAAUGCAAUGAGGGUACAGGACGAGAAGAUCCUGAAGAGUAAUUCGGAAACUGAUGAAAGCUUUAGAGAUUCAGCAAAGGCAAACAGGAAGAAAGAAGGGCCGUUGUUGAAAGGUAGUAAGAAGGAUGAAUCUGAGGAGCUGAGUAAGAAAAAGAAGAAGAAGAAGGACAUCCCCGUGGUGAACAAGCUGAAUCACAACCAACCUUCUUGUUAUGGUUGCGGCUCUAUACUCCAAACACGAGAAUCAGAAUCUCCCGGAUACAUUCCACCUCAGACAUUUGAAGUGAAAAAGAAGCAUCAUCAGCUGAAGACUGUACUUUGCGGCAGGUGCAGGCUUCUGAGCCAAGGUCACAUGAUACCGGCAGUGGGGGGACUUGGAGGUUAUGGAGAUGGGAAAGGCUUCGUCCUGGCUGAGGAGUUGCGUUCGCAGUUGUCACAUCUUCGCCACCAAAAGGCCUUGAUAGUGAAACUGGUGGACAUCGUAGAUUUCAAUGGAAGUUUUUUAACACGAGUCCGGGAUCUUGUAGGGGCCAAUCCGAUCAUAUUGGUCCUGACCAAGUGUGAUCUUCUAACCGAAGGAACAGAUAUGGCUGCUGUGAGCGAUUGGCUUCAAGAAGCAACUCUUCGCAAGAAGCUCAAUGUCAUCAGCAUCCAUUUAACCAGCUCCAAGGCCAAGACUGGAAUUUCUCGAGUGGCGGCAGAUAUUACGCGUCAAAGAUUGGGUCGGGAUGUCUACGUUUUGGGAUCAGCUAAUGUUGGGAAGUCAGCUUUCGUCACAGCGUUACUACAGGACAUGUCUAAAAGGGAUCCGGUAGCCGCCGCUGCAUUGCGCCACAAGCCUAUUCAAUCAGCAAUGCCUGGGACUACGCUGGGAGCCAUCGAGUUUGAAGCUUUUUCGGGUGGUGGGAAACUGUUCGAUACUCCCGGAGUUCACCUCCAUCAUCGAAUGGCAGCAGUUGUGGAUCCAAAGGAUGUUGCUCUGUUGGCCCCACGGAGGCGGCUACGAGGGUAUGUCAUUGGACCCAAAGGACCUGAGGAAGAAGCAUUGGAGAUGGAGCCCGAAGAGGACUCUCAUCUUUUUGAUGAAGGAUUUGUUGAUAACUUUCUGAAGGACAAGAUGGGUGCUAAUAAAUGGGCGGAAGAUUCAUUACCGUUAGACAAUGACGAGGAAUGGGACGAACUGGAUGACGGAAUGUGGACAGAGGGUAACCUAUCAGGCACCUCUUUGUUUUGGGGUGGUGUCGUCAGGAUUGAUAUUGUGAAGGCACCAGCGAAUCUCAAACUGACGUUUUUUGGCCCAAGUGCAAUCAGGAUACUGAGGUGCCCGACGGAGGAGGCUGACGUUUAUUAUGAGGAGAAUCUCGGUAGAACUUUAACUCCGCCGACAGCCAGCAAAGUUGAGAGCUGGGGUGGUCUUGGCAAGGUGCAGGACAUAAUCUUCGACUUAAAACAGGGAACAAAACACCCUGCAGGAGAUAUCGCAAUUUCUGGUCUGGGAUGGAUCACCAUAGGAAAUAGCUUUCCUGAUGAAGAAGACGAAAGUGAGGAGAGAGUAGAAGAUGAUGACAAUGAUAGGAGUAAUUUGGAUAUCGUAGACAUAGAUGCAGAAGUAAGUGAAGAUGAUGAUGAGUUGUCGGAGGAUGCGAUUGAGCUGGUCCUUCACACACCCAAGGCAGUAGAAGUAUUUGUAAGGCCCUCCUUACCAUUAGGCAAAUCUGGAAAGAGUUGGUAUGAAUAUGAGGAACUGGAUGAUGAAGAAUUAGCCGCUAGACCUACCGUUCAUUACUAGCCCAUAGAUCCGCGACACAUUCUUUUAUGUUCAAUAGUAUGUCACUUAGAUAGUCAUUUCGUAACAAGAUGUAUAAAAGUUGCCCGGAAUGGAAAUAUUUUGGAGACGAAUAAAAUUUUGCCACAGAAUAUGCAGAUAGGUAUUGCGCACAAUGAUAUGUAACGGUUUCACGGAAAGGGAAGUUUCUUUGUUUCGUAUAGAUUU